AAAGCUCGAACACAAAUGGACUUUAUCAGUGAACCUGGUAUUAAUAGAUAUAUUCUCUGUCCUAAAGUACGACCAAAGUCCUGUCCAGAAAUGUCAUGCCAAGUGAUUCUUGAAGCCAAUCCUAAAGCAGUAUCUGGAGAUUACACUAUUGUGUAUCCAAAUGGCACUGCAUAUACAGUUUAUUGUAAAAUGGACACCACAGACUGUGGAGAAGGAGGAUGGACAAGGAUAGCUUACAUCAACAUGACUGAACCUGGAGCUUCAUGUCCUGAUGGAUUUGUCACUAAAGACUAUAAUAACAUUGAUCACAGUUUAUGUGGGAUUAAUCUUGGUAGUGGAGGAUGUCAAUCAACAUUGAAAUAG